UGCUAAUCAACUUUAUCAAAUGACAAUCUUUUUAUUCCUUGUGCUUAGGCAGCAGCUGAAAAUACUGUCACCUUGGAAAAAAUAUGACCAGGUAUCUUAGUAAAAUAUCUGUCAUUUAUCAUAUUGGGUUUUGGGCCCCGCGAUAAGCUAAAUGAUUCCUAGGGCGGCUUAUUCGAGGGCCCUGGAUAAUGGAAAAAGGACCAGGUUCUACCGGCUGGUACACAACUGAAAUUUCCGCCCAGGCAACAACAGAUUUGCGUCAUAUUUUUCAAGACUACAAAUGAAUAGUCGGUUUCGUCUGUGGCUGCUUUGCCCUUGGGAAUGCAACUCCCUUGGAUUUCCCCAGUAAAGAUUCGAGGAUCGUAGGAGGUACAGAGUCGGUGCCCGGUGAAUUCCCUUGGAUGGCCCAUCUGACAAUUGCGAGAAUGGGCAUGCAACGUGAGUGUGGGGGUUCACUCAUCAGUCAAAAUUGGAUUAUGACUGCAGCUCAUUGCAUGGACGGUGCUGAAUCAGUUACGGUCGUCCUAGGAGGUCACAAUUUGAAUAUCAACAAUGCUGAUAUAGUCACUUUGCAAUCAAAAGAAUUCUACAUUCAUCCUAAAUAUUCCAGUCAGACAUUUCCAGAUGACAUUGCCCUAAUUAAACUCCCAGUCAACGUCGCAUUCACUGCUCGAAUUCGAUCGGUAGUCUUGUCAGAUCUGGGCAAUAGAGAUCACGUAAACGACACGGUUAUAGUCAGCGGAUGGGGUUACUACUCUGACGCUGUUGAAUCGACUAGCGACGUAUUACUCAAAGCUUCUACGACUGUCAUCUCCAACGAAAAGUGCAGUGAAACGUGGGGUAGUAUCAUAGCCAACACUAUGAUUUGCACUAAUGGAACACGGGGCGGAAUUUGCAAGGGCGACAGUGGCGGACCGAUGGUUUACUCUGUCGACGGUACGUGGGUUCAGAUUGGCAUCGCUUCAUUCGGAGAUAAUCUUUGUGAGUUGAUGAAGCCGAAAGGCUUCACUCGAGUCCAGUCUUACUUGAGUUGGAUUGCGUCAAUCACGGGCGUGUCCGUCGCCACUACGCAACGUCCCACGACGACGCCAUUCUCCUGUCAAUCCGAUGGCAUUAAAUCCAAUCCUUCUGAUUGCAACUCAUUUUACAUGUGCUCCAAUGGGACUCCCUAUCUAUUUAACUGUCCUGGUGGAUUGGUCUUUAAUCCUCAACUCCAGCAGUGCGACUAUCGCCAGAAUGUCCCUCAAUGCAAUUAUUAAUGUCAGUGGGAACUGGUAUUAGCCUAUUGUUAAAGAUGAGUCGUGAUUUCUCGAAUAGGUUACGUCGAAAAUUAAAAUGUAAUGAAUAAUUUAUACAAGAAUGGUGUGUAGCUUUGAUACGCUCGUCUGAUACCUAACUAAACUCAAUAAACAUUUUGCAAU